AUGACUCGCGUCUACCUCCAAAUAAUGUCCGACCUCCACCUCGAAACCCACCCCUCCUAUACCUCCUACACCUUCCCACAAACAACCCCCAACCUCGCCCUCCUCGGUGACAUCGGCCACGUUGCUGAUUCCCAACUCUUCACCUUCCUCGAAGACCAACUCAGCCGCUACUCAAUCGUCUUCUACCUCCUUGGUAACCACGAUCCCUAUCACAUGUCGUUCCAGCUCGCGAGGAAGAAAAUGCGGGAGUUCCAAGCAAAGGUGGAUAGACGCAAGAUCAUGCUGGGGAAGUUCGUUUUUCUGGAUCAGACCAGGUUCGACAUUAGUGAUGAGGUUACGAUACUGGGAUGUACACUAUUCUCGCAUGUCCCUCUGCACCAGGAGUUUGCUGUUGAGAGCCGAAUGGUCGAUUUUAGGGAUAUUCUACGGUGGGAUGUGGAUAAGCAUAAUGCUGCGCAUGAAUCGGAUCUCAAUUGGCUUAAUGACCAGGUUGGCCGAAUGGCUGUGGACGAGCCGCAUCGACGGAUCGUGAUUUUUUCACACCACAGUCCCAGCACAGAUCCGAGGAGUAGGGAUCCCAGACACGAAGGAAGUGAGGUAUCGAGUGGGUUUGUUACGGAUCUGAGUGGGGAGGAGUGCUGGAGACGGUCUAAUGUUGUGGCAUGGGCUUUUGGGCAUACGCAUUACAACUGUGAGUUUCAGGAUGAGGGUGGAAAAUCUAUCAUGACGAAUCAAAAGGGGUAUUAUAUGUAUCCACAGAAGACGUUCGAUGCCGGCCGUGUGUUCACUGUCGGCGAAUAG